GUCGCUGAGAGGAGCAGAAAUCCUCCUACUGCCGCUUUGUUUCAGUGAUGUAGAGACAAAGGACUGAGUGGCUCUUAGAUAAAACAGACCUCGAUCUGCUGUUGUGGUGUACCAGCAGGACCCAUGACCCUGACACGAGGUUCCUUCAGCUACUCCAACGGCGAGGAGUACCACGGCGAAUGGAAAGAAGGUCUGCGUCACGGCCUGGGUCAGCUGACCUUCAGUGAUGGGACGUGUUACACGGGACAGUUUGAGAACGGGCUCUUUAACGGCUGUGGGGUGCUGGUCUUCCCUGACGGCUCCAGGUAUGAAGGUGAAUUCGUGCAGGGCAAGUUUCAAGGCGCCGGCGUCUUCACUCGCUUCGACGGGAUGAGGUUUGAAGGCGAGUUUAAAGGAGGGUGUGUGGGCGGAUAUGGCGUACUCACCUUUUCUGACGGAGGCCCUGGCGGCGGCGGUGGUGGCGGCGGCACCCACGAAGGCCUGUUUGAAACCAACCAGCUGAUGAGGAGAGAGAACAGCCAAGCAUCCGUGCAGAGAGCGCAGGCAGCAGCCGCCAAGGCCCGCGCCCUGGCGAUGUGA